GUCGGGGGAGGCAGUGAGGUGAAAGAAGAUUGCAACACAGCAGAGAGUUGACGGGGGGGAGGAAUGAAGCAGAAACACAGCAGCGGAAACUCUCCUGUCACUCAGUUCAACGGAAGUGGAGCUCGAGUAAAGUCGGUCCGCAACAGGUGUUUUGAGUGACUCCUCAGCUCAGAAGUUUUAGGAUAGUAAAACAAAAGUUUUAAUUUGGUAGAAAAGUACCAACAUGUCAAAGCUCCGCCCCAGACAGUGUGUGCUGGAGAAAGGGUCCAGUGGCUACGGGUUUCACCUGCACGGAGAGAAGGGCAAGACCGGACAGUUUAUCCGGCUCGUGGAGCCAGACACUCCCGCCUCCGCAGCCGGGCUUCUCGCGGGCGACCUUCUGGCCUUCGUGAACGGAGAGAGCGUGGAGGGCGAGAGCCACCAGCAGGUUGUCGCGAGGAUCCGGGCCACCGCCGAGGCUCUGGAGCUUAUCGUGGUGGACUCCGAAACGGCCGAGCUGUUGAAGAAACAAAACCUCCAGUGCCGGAAAGAGUUCGUCACGGAGGGGAUUCCCCUGCCUGGCGGGGACAGCGACUCUGAGCACGGGGACACACAGAGCAACGACACCCCGAGGGAAUGCACCCCUGUCCCGCCGGAGAAUGGGGAUGCUGGCUCGGAGAGGUCGGAGAGGCUGAGUGUCAGCUCCAGCACUAAG